UGGGAUUACUGCUACCAGUGUUUCUGAUGUGAUGAGUGACUCCUCAUUUAUUCAACUCAGCUCAGUGAGAGAACUUCAGUCAUAUCAAAAUAAGCUUAUCCUGAACCUUUUUGCCUGGUCAUUACUCUGAUAUUUCUGAGUGGCUGGGUGUGGGGAGCAGCAGGCCCAGCCUGCCUGCAGAGCGAGCCUGAGGGAUGCCCGAGCAUCCUGUGGCCAUGCCAUGGGAGGAGGCUGCCCACCUGAGCUGCAUGCAGGCCCAAUACUGCCCUGUUUUGGCACUGCCUCAUCAUGAGACAGCAACCUGCGGGUUUAAGGGAGCACAGGUCUCAUAGGCGGUGUCCACGUGCAUGUGCCUCAUGUAGGCAGGUCCCUGUCAGCCCAUGGAUGCAUCCAAGGACACAAGGUCAUGAGCAUGUCCUUGGUCAUGGCCAUGGCCCUUCCUUGUUUCCACCACACCCCUCAUCAAAAAAGGGCACUGCUGGGUAAGUGUGAGGUCAGUGCAGCUCUAGCGGUGAGAAGGCAAAAGGACAGCUUAUACACCCGUAAGCGACAACAGAUUAAUGAUGGAACCAUCAAAAGAGUUUGUAUUCAAUUACAAAGGGUUUUAUUUUGCUGUAAAUACUACACCUGAGUAUGUAGCUUCCCUGGAGAAUUUUGAAAUCAAGGACAGUGACAUAUUUAUAGCUACUUAUCCAAAAUCAGGAACUGUGUGGACUCAGAAUAUUUUGAGCUUAAUACUCCAUGAAGGCCAUCGUAAUGGAACAGAAAAUAUGGAGAUGCUGGACAGAAUCCCCUGGGUGGAAUAUAAUAUUAAAAAUAUGGAUUAUGGCAGUCUUCCUUUGCCUCGAGUUUUUGCCACUCACCUGCCUUACUACUUGACUCCAAAAGACCUGAGAAACAAAAAAGGACAUGUUAUUUAUGUUGCCAGGAACCCUAAGGACGUGUUGGUUUCUUAUUAUCACUUCUCCAAAUUCAUCCGAACACUAGAGAAAAUACCGGAUUUUAACAUUUUCAUGGAGAGAUUUUUAGCUGGAAAAGUGCUUGGCAGUGCCUGGUUUGACCACGUUUCAGGCUGGUACAACCAUGCAAAGGAUUUCAAUAUACUCUUCCUGACCUACGAGGAGAUGAAAAAGGAUCUCAGAAGUGCUGUGCUGAAAAUCUGCAACUUCAUAGGCAAGACGCUGAGUGAAGAGGAAAUAGAAAGUGUUGUGAGACAGGCUACAUUUGAGAACAUGCAGAAGGACCCCAGGGCAAACUACGAGAACAUGCCAGACGACAUUGCGAUCAAGGGGAAGGGCAGAUUUCUACGGAAAGGCACCAUUGGAGACUGGAAAAACAUGAUGACAGUGGCUCAGAGUGAAAGGUUUGAUGAAGUUCUUAAAGAAAAAAUACGGACCCUGCCUAUCAAAUUCACCUGGGAGAUAGACAGCGAUGUGUAGCCUGGCUUUGAGGUUUGUCACUCUUCGGCGUUCGUCAUGGAUGGACACACUUGACCUUAUGGAAGAACAUAAUAUGAUUAUUUUCAACUGUGUUGUAGAGAUAAUAAAUAGAAGAACUCAUUCAGAAAA